CGCGGCGGCUCCGCUGGCAGGCGGGCAGGGAGCGGAAGGCGGAGGCACCCCUCGGCCGGCGGCGCCGCGCCCCCCGCCCCGCUUUUGCUUUCCCUUUCGGUGCCGCCUCCCCCGGCGGGCUUGAGGGAGAGGGGCAGAGGGGAGCACUUAUUUAUUUAGUUGUUUGUUUCCCUACAAGGGCGGGGGGAGACCGGAGACCUGCGCGGGGAGGACGCGCCAGCUGGCGGGGAGGAGGGCGCGGAGGCAGCCCCGUCACACGGGAGGCGGCGGCGAGGAGGAGGAGGAGGAGGAGGAGGAGAAGCCGGCGCGGAGCCUCGCCUCGCCUCGCCUCGCAGCCCCUCCGCCGUCACCGUCUCGCCCUCCCUGGCCGCCGGAGAGUACCGGCGGCCGCCCGUCCUCAUGAUGGCCUCAACCGCCACCUGUACCCGGUUCACCGACGAGUACCAGCUCUUCGAGGAGCUCGGGAAAGGGGCGUUCUCCGUCGUGAGAAGAUGUAUGAAAAUCACCACAGGACAAGAGUAUGCUGCCAAAAUUAUCAACACCAAAAAGCUUUCGGCUAGGGAUCACCAGAAACUGGAAAGAGAAGCAAGAAUCUGUCGCCUCUUGAAGCAUCCCAAUAUUGUGCGGCUUCAUGACAGCAUAUCAGAAGAAGGAUUCCAUUACUUAGUCUUUGACUUAGUCACUGGUGGUGAAUUGUUUGAAGAUAUAGUUGCAAGGGAAUAUUACAGUGAAGCAGAUGCCAGUCAUUGCAUUCAGCAGAUCCUGGAGGCUGUGCUACACUGCCAUCAGAUGGGCGUAGUCCAUCGCGACCUCAAGCCUGAGAACUUACUUUUAGCUAGCAAAUCCAAGGGAGCAGCAGUAAAACUGGCGGACUUUGGAUUGGCUAUAGAAGUCCAAGGAGAACAACAGGCUUGGUUUGGCUUUGCUGGUACUCCAGGAUACCUUUCUCCAGAGGUGUUACGAAAAGACCCUUAUGGAAAACCUGUGGAUAUGUGGGCAUGUGGUGUCAUUCUGUAUAUCCUCCUGGUGGGAUAUCCUCCUUUCUGGGAUGAAGACCAGCACAGGCUUUAUCAGCAGAUCAAGGCUGGUGCUUAUGAUUUUCCCUCACCAGAAUGGGAUACGGUGACUCCUGAAGCAAAAGACCUUAUCAAUAAAAUGCUUACCAUCAACCCAGCAAAACGUAUCACAGCAUCAGAAGCACUAAAGCAUCCAUGGAUCUGUCAACGUUCUACUGUCGCCUCUAUGAUGCACAGACAAGAGACUGUAGAUUGCUUGAAGAAAUUCAAUGCAAGAAGAAAACUAAAGGGGGCCAUUUUGACAACUAUGCUGGCUACCAGAAAUUUCUCAGCAGCCAAGAGCUUACUGAAAAAGCCGGAUGGAGUUAAGAAAAGGAAGUCCAGUUCGAGUGUUCAGAUGAUGAUAAACAACAAAACGAACGUGGUAACCAGCCCCAAGGAAAAUAUUCCUACCCCAGCGCUGGAGCCCCAAACUACAGUAAUCCACAACCCUGAUGGAAAUAAGGAAUCAACAGAGAGUUCCAAUACAACCAUUGAAGAUGAGGAUGUGAAAGCUCGUAAGCAGGAGAUUAUCAAGGUUACUGAGCAGUUGAUUGAAGCUAUCAACAAUGGGGACUUUGAAGCUUACACAAAAAUCUGUGACCCAGGCCUUACAUCUUUUGAACCUGAAGCUUUGGGUAAUCUAGUAGAAGGGAUGGACUUUCACCGGUUUUACUUUGAAAACGCUUUAUCCAAAAGUAAUAAGCCAAUCCACACCAUUAUCCUCAAUCCUCAUGUCCACCUUGUGGGUGACGAUGCUGCUUGCAUUGCAUAUAUACGGCUCACACAGUACAUGGACGGCAGCGGGAUGCCAAAGACGAUGCAGUCGGAGGAAACACGGGUCUGGCACCGUCGUGAUGGGAAAUGGCAGAACGUUCAUUUUCACCGUUCGGGGUCACCAACAGUACCUAUCAAUGCCUAGCACAGCGGGACCCCAGUCACGACUUCGGCCCCUAGAUGCUACGCUAAAAAUAUCAGCGGUGCCGCUCUUGCAUUUUCUGUACCCGACGCACCUGGUUGAUUACCACCUUGGCCAUCCCGUUCUCUUCAUGCAUGUUUCUGAGUGCAUGAAGUUGUGAAGGUUCUUCAUGUAACACGUUUGUGAUGCACCACGUUGCUGUAUAUUCCAUCUGUACACUGUUAACAUUUCAAUGAAGGUGAUGUUCCAUGCAAAUAGAGAAUAACAAAGCAUAAAAGACAAAAAAAAUUUGAUGGACCGCAGUAGAUACAGAAUACAUUUGUCACUUCCUCCAUUUAUGCCAAGUUUUGACUGACAACUUCAAAAACUAUCCUGUUUAUUUAAAAAAAAAAAAAAAAAGAAAAAAAGGAAAAAAAAAAAAGUAUGUUUUACCCUCUUUUUUUAAGAACAUGUUUUUGACUCCUCCUUUUCCCGAGUCCCACGAUUUUGCUUUGGUUCUGGUAGGAAAGGUUAGGAUUUCCGCUGGCAGCUCCCUUACUGUAAAACAGAUUUUCAUUACAGCAUGUAGAUGGACGGAAUCACUGAUAAAUGUGGAAGUGAUAAUAUCUUGGCUUUGUACCAGCCAAAGCCUUCUUAGUUUAUUAGUCUGUGUAAACUGGAAAAAUCUCAUCAUUUGCUGGCUUGGUCACUUCAGAAUUAACUGUAUGUUCUGGUGAGCCAGCAGCUUCUUUUCUUUUUUCCUUUUGAGUCUUCACCUUUGCUUUCUUACUGUGCUCGCUGAAAAUUUCUGUUGGCUCAUUAAGCAAAAUUAAAAAUUGCAAGGAACUAAGUGAUAACUGAGGGGCAGUUUUUGAGGAUUAAAGUGGAAAAAGAGAAAGAUUUUCAUCGCUUCUAGGGCGUACUGUAAAUUUUUUAAGGAGGCUUUAAAAAAAUACAAGAUUUUGGUUAAGCCCAGUUGUGUGGUUAAUGUACUCGAGAAAGAUUAGGCCUUCAAAGCUUAGUAUGAAGAGUUUGUUUACUUUCCCCUGCUUCCGUUGCUUCUCUGGAAAUGUAUUAUGGAUACACGAGUUUUCUAAUAAGACUGACCCUCUACCGCAGAUUUGUUUCUCUCCCCUUUCCCCCCUCAACCUGCUCCUGGUUUCUUAAACUGCUCACGCAGCGUGCAGGAUGAAGGACAACAGUCUCUGCAGCAUCCCCAGCCUUGGUUUGGCCCCAGUCCGUUGCUGCGAACGCCUGGACGCUGCGCGGGGAAUGCUCUCGGUGUCAGCUCAGAACGCAAACUUUGUGACAGGGGCUAUUUUUGCUUCCCUUACGUUGCUGUGAAAAUACUUCCUUGCAAGCAUUUAGGUUUAUUCCCUUCUGGUUUUUAAUAGAAAAAUACAGGGAUCGGUUAUUUCUCUUUUUUGUUGUUUUCAUCUGUUACUUGUUCUGUUACCAACAGGGCUAACUGUUUCCUGCAGCGCUGUAUAGUGCAUGAUAUCUCAGUCAGUGUCCUUUUUAGCGGUUAACGAUUUACAACUCGGCAGCCUGAAGUUUUUAAAAUGGGAAAGCUUCCUGAUUUGUAUCAUUUCACCUUUCUGUGUUGAUUACUAAUCAAAAGCAGUUCUUAAACAUUUUGAUGUUGUUACUAGUGGAUGUAUGGUAGAUGGACUUAAGCUUCUCUGAUAAUUACUACAUGAUUUUAAACAAUAUAUAUUUAAAAUAAGCAUCUACAAUAAAUGUGUUGAGCCAUAUUAACCUGCCAAUGGGAUCUGUGAAAAAAGUAAUGGCCUCAUUUUUUUUCUCAUUAAUUUCUUUAUUUUGUGAAGCGGCUAUAAGUGGCAUAACUGUAUUUAAAAUUAACAAAUUAGGUGUAGGGUGUUUUGGUUUUUUUUUUUUUUAUACUUCUAACAUAGCAUGUGGUGUUGACGUAUUACUGUAGACCAAGUUUGUCUUCCACACCAAGACGUGAGGAAAUUGUGAUUUGUUCUCUCCGCCACAACUGAAUUAUACACUUCUCUUCUGUCAUUUUGGAACACUGCAGUUUACCAUGGGACACAGUGUACAUAAUUCUUGCCAUAAUGGUAAAUGAUUGAUAUAUUUAAAGAUUAAUAAAUUUGUGAUUUCUGCUGA